AACGAAUUCCACGCCUCACUGCCUCAGACGGACUUAGAAACUCUCUCUGUCUCUCACUUGCUUUCGAUCCUUACCUCCUUAAUCUCCGCCGCUCUCUGUGCAUUCCAAAAUCUUACCCUAUCUUCUACUUCCCUCUUCAAUCUCAGGGACAAAAACCUAGCCACGAUGCCGACUUAAACCACCGUUGUGGGGAACUGUCUCUGAAAAAAUCUCUCUAGCACAUCUUUUUUUUUUUUUUACGGAAUUUAUCUUGUUGGGUUCUAAAGAUGAGGAAGAUGAAGAAAAGCCAUCUUGAAUGUGGGGUUCUUGAGCUUCUUGUUAUAUUUUUCCUCUCGGUUUUUGUUCCGGUGAAGUCUCAGACAAACUCAGGAGAUGUCGCAGCGAUGAUGGCUUUGAAGCAGAGUUUGAACCCUCCGAAGUCACUUGAAUGGACUGACCCAGAUCCUUGUAAGUGGAAACAUGUGGGCUGCACGGCUUCAAGGAUAAACCGCAUUCAAAUUGGAAACCAGGGUCUGUCUGGUACACUUCCUUCUGAUCUUCAAAAGCUUACAGCCCUGCAACGAUUGGAGUUGAUGUCUAACAAUAUCUCUGGUUCUCUACCAAGCUUGAGUGGGUUGGGUUCGUUACAGGUUUUGCUUGUUAGUGAUAACCAGUUCUCUUCCAUACCGGCGGAUUUCUUUAAUGGGCUUUCGUCGCUUCAAGUUGCUGAGUUAGAUAAUAACCCCUUUUCAGCAUGGGAGAUUCCAGAUAGUCUUCAGAAUGCGACGAGCCUUGCGAAUUUCUCGGCAAAUUCAGCCAACGUUAAAGGGAAGAUACCUGAUUUUGUUGGGAUGACUGUCUUUCCGAGCUUGACAAACCUGCAUUUAGCUUUCAAUGACCUCGAAGGUGGGCUACCGGCAAGCUUCGAUGGGUCCCUCAUGCAGUCUCUAUGGUUGAAUGGGAAGACAGGGAAGCUCAACGGAAGCAUUCAGGUUCUGCAGAAUAUGACGUCCCUCACGGAGGUGUGGCUGCACUCAAACGCUUUUACAGGGCCCUUGCCAGACUUUUCUGGGUUGAAAAACUUGCAGAGCUUCAGUGUCAGGGACAACCAGUUGACGGGUCCUGUUUCAGAUUCUUUGGUGUCUCUUCCAUCGCUAAAGACUGUGAAUUUGACGAAUAAUUUGCUGCAAGGGACUAAACCCAAGUUCCCAAGUUCUGUCGCGGAGGAUAUGUCUGGCCAGAACAGCUUCUGCUUGCCCACUCCAGGAGCUCCUUGCGAUUCCCGUGUGAGUGUUUUGCUCUCAAUUGCAAAAGACAUGGAUUACCCAGUGAAGUUUGCUCAAAAUUGGAUUGGGAACAAUCCAUGCGCAUCAUGGUUUGGGAUUUCAUGCAUUAGCGGUAACAUCUCUGUCAUUAAUUUUCAGAAAAUGGGUCUUACCGGGACGAUCUCUUCCGACUUUUCUAAACUUCAAUCGUUGCAAAGAUUGAUUCUUGCGGACAAUAAGCUCACCGGUACCAUUCCGGAGGAGCUGACAACUCUUACUAGUCUUACUGAACUUGAUGUGUCAAACAAUCAGCUCUCUGGGCAAAUCCCAAAAUUUAGAAACAAUAUUGUUGUAAACACAAAUGGCAACCCAGACAUCGGGAAGACCCUCCCACCUUCAACCCCAGGUGGGGGUUCUGACCCAUCAUCUGGUGGUAGUGGAAAUGGAACAAACAGCGGUGGCGGGACAAAUAGUGAAUCUUCAGUCCCUGUUGGAGUUGUUGUGGGUUUAGUAAUUGCUGGUGUCUUUCUGGUUUUCUUGACUGGGUUGUUGGGCUUUUGUCUUCGCCGAAGAAAGCAGAAGCGGUUUGGUAGGGUACAGAGCCCAAAUGCAAUGGUGGUGCAUCCUCGCCAUUCUGGCUCUGACCCUGAGAUACUGAAGAUCACAGUCGCUGGACCAAGUGCAAAUGGUGUCGCUUCAAGUGAAAACUAUAGCCAGGCAAGCAGUGGACCAAGUGACAUUCAUAUGGUCGACACAGGAAACAUGGUGAUUUCCAUUCAAGUCCUAAGGAAUGUGACUGACAAUUUUAGUGAACAAAAUGUAUUGGGACGAGGAGGUUUCGGAACAGUGUACAAAGGUGAAUUGCAUGAUGGUACAAAGAUUGCGGUGAAGAGGAUGAAUUCUGGUGUAUUGACUGAAAAGGGACUGAUAGAAUUCAAGUCUGAGAUUGCUGUUCUUACCAAGGUCCGACACCGACAUCUUGUUGCUCUUCUUGGGUAUUGCUUGGAUGGAAAUGAGAGGCUUCUUGUGUAUGAGUACAUGCCUCAGGGGACUCUGAGCCGGCAUCUUUUCAGUUGGCAAGAAGAGGGGCUGAUGCCACUAGAGUGGACAAAAAGAUUGAGUAUUGCCCUGGAUGUGGCUAGGGGUGUUGAGUAUCUGCAUGGUUUAGCCCAUCAAAGCUUCAUUCACAGGGACCUAAAGCCUUCAAACAUUCUUCUAGGAGAUGAUAUGAGGGCUAAGGUAGCAGAUUUUGGUCUUGUUCGUCUUGCUCCUGAAGGGAAAGCCUCUAUUGAGACAAGACUCGCCGGAACCUUUGGGUAUCUUGCUCCAGAGUAUGCAGCAAUGGGGCGAGUAACUACCAAGGUCGAUGUCUUCAGUUUUGGUGUGAUAUUGAUGGAGCUUAUCACUGGGAGGAAGGCUCUUGAUGAAACCCAGCCUGAUGAUAGCAUGCACCUAGUAACAUGGUUCAGGAGAAUGCACAUCAACAAGGAUACAUUCCGCAAGGCUAUAGACCCCACAAUCGACCUCAACGAGGAUACCCUUGCCAGCAUAAGCACUGUUGCUGAGUUGGCAGGGCACUGUACUUCAAGGGAGCCAUACCAAAGGCCAGACAUGGGGCAUGCUGUCAAUGUGCUAUCAUCUCUAGCAGAGUUAUGGAAACCAUCAAACCCAGAGUCGGAGGACAUCUAUGGCAUUGACCUCGAGAUGACCCUACCGCAGGCGCUUAAGAAGUGGCAGCUCGAGGGAAGCAGUCAUAUGGACACAUCAUCUUACCUCCCCAGCAUGGACAACACACAAACCAGCAUACCCACCCGGCCUACCGGAUUUGCAGAUACAUUUACAUCCUCUGAUGGAAGGUGAGGGAAGAAAGAAGAUGGACAUAGAAAUUUUGGUUUCAUUACCUAGAUAAAAAUAUUGGGUUAAUGGUGGUUGUGAUUCAUGAGUCAUGUGACCCUGCUUUGUUCAUUCCAUUUGCUUCUCCUCUGCUUUUUUUUUUUUUUUAGUUAGAUCUUAUAAGGGUUUGUUUCCUGUAUUCUCUUUUUCAUGUUUAAUGGGUCCCUGUUGGGAUGUAAUCGUCUGGAAUUUGGUGUUUGGACAGUCUUUUUAGUUAAAAGUUUUCUUUUAGGAGGGAGGGGGCCUAAGAGGUGAAGUUUUGCCAUUUUGAAAAUGCAGAUGUCUAUAGAUUUGCUCGUAAAAGGAUGUACAAUCCAAUCCAAUCUUAUCUUUUCUGGUA